UGGAAAGAGAUGCCAAUGUAUCGGGCAGCAUGUCCUACGGUUAAUUUUUUUUAACCUCUUUGGUGGCCGUGGAUCGUUCGGAGAAUAUGAUGGACCCUGUGGACCCUCUCCCCAAAACACCGCGCAGUAGGGUCAGUUCUCCGCCUCAUCUUACUGGCCCCAUCAGCAGUAUUUGCACCGUGCAUCACUCCCUCCGCUCUCUCGGCUCUCCCGUCCGGGUCCCGCCUCAACCACCGCACCCUCCCUGAACUCAGUCAUCGACUGCACCUAUGGGACUACACUCGCCGGGAGGAGGAGUCGCCUGGAAGCAGGGGGCUCAGCCCUGGGCCGCGGGCGAGCCCGGAACACAGUUACCGGCCCCUGUUGUCCACCGGAACGCGAAGGGAGCGGAACGCGUCAGGCUGGGAACGGAAGAGAGAGCGGGGGCCGUGUUUGGCAGAGGACGAGGUAUUCCCGGUGUGUCUGCGGUUGAGUUGUUUCUCCGCGAUGUUGCGGAGGAUGUCGGCGGUCCUGCCUCUUCGCCCUCUCUCCCGCCUCCCUUUGUGCUCCGGGGGCCCGGAGGCCUUGGCGGCUGCGGUUGUGCUGCUUGGUGCUUCGCCCGGAGCCGUCAGGUUUUUUUCUUUAAUGCAUCUUUCUAGGACACAAAAUAAUAUCCAAAGAUAUUUUGGCACUAACAGCGUGAUCUAUAACAAGAAGGAUGAACAGUCUGUUCCAACCCAUGAGAUUUCCAAGGAGACGGAGAGCCAAGACAGUGUAAAGGAGAAUACGAAAAAAGACUUGUUAAACAUUAUUAAGGGCAUGAAAGUUGAAUUAAGCACAGUAAAUGUACAAACAACAAAGCCACCCAACAGAAGACAACUUAGAAGUUUGGAGGCCACAGUUGGCAGGCUUCAAAGAGCUCCUGAAGAUGCCCCAAAGAAGAGAAGUGAGUCCCUGAGUCCUGAGUUGGUGGCUGCUGCAUCUGCUGUUGCAGAUUCUCUCCCUUUUGACAAGCAGACAACCAAGUCAGAGCUGCUCAGGCAGCUCCGGCAGCACGAGGAAGACUCAAGGGCACAGAAAGAAGGAGAAAGACCUAAAAUUAGUUUCAGUAACAUAAUAUCAGAUAUGAAAGUUGCCAAGUCUGCCACAGCUCGAGUUAGCACGAGACCAGUGCAUCAGAUUCAGUUUGAUGAAGGAUCUGACGAUUAUGGUGGCCAGGAGAAGACCGCUGAUCUUAGGAAAAGUCUUAGGAAAAAUAUAUUCAAGGGAAAGAGACUUAAUAUCUUUGAUCUUAAGGCAGUUACUGAAGAGGCACCUGAAGCAGAGACAGCGCCUUCACUGUGGGAUGUGGAAUUUGCUAAGCAGUUAGCCGCAGUAAAUGAACAGCCCUUUCAGAAUGGUUUUGAAGAGAUGAUCCAGUGGACGAAAGAGGGGAAACUGUGGGAGUUCCCAAUUAACAAUGAAGCAGGUUUUGAUGAUGAUGGUUCAGAAUUUUAUGAACAUGUAUUUCUGGAUAAAUACCUGGAGGAUUUUCCAAAACAAGGACCAAUUCGCCACUUCAUGGAGCUGGUGACCUGCGGCCUUUCCAAAAACCCAUAUCUGAGUGUUAAACAGAAGGUCGAACACAUAGAGUGGUUUAAAAAUUAUUUUAAUGAAAAACGGGACAUUCUAAAAGACAGUAACAUACAUUUCAAUUAAAGACCUUGGAAACUUUUAUUUCGAGCUGUUGAAGAUUGAUAUUAUAAAUAAAUAAUUUUACUAGAA